UGGAACAUGCCUGGCAUGAGUGGCUGGUGAAACAUGGCGUCUGCUGCUGGGUCUAUUUUAGCUAACUGAAUUAGCAAGCUAGCUAUAUUCAAAGGUUUUGACGAUAUUACUGUGAAUAGCAGUAGCUACAUUUUCAGUACAAUAAUAUCUUCAUUGCAAUAUAUUUCAAUAUGUCGGACUCAGAAGAAGACAGUCAAGAUAAGCAACUUAAAAUUGUAGUCAUCGGAGACGGGCAACUUGAAUGUUACCCUGCAAGUGUGGGAUAUUGGAGGUCAAACGAUUGGAGGGAAAAUGCUGGAUAAAUAUGUCUAUGGUGCUCAGGGUGUUCUUCUAGUGUACGACAUUACAAACUUCCAGAGCUUUAAGAAUCUGGAGGACUGGUACGGCAUGGUCAAGAAGGCCAAUGAAGAGUGUGACGUACAGCCUGUGGUCUCCCUGGUGGGAAACAAAAUCGACCUUGAGCAUAUGAGGACAGUGAAGGCUGACAAACACCAGCGCUUCUGCCAAGAGAACAGCCUCAUCAGUCAGUUCGUAUCUGCCAAGUCUGGAGACUCGGUGUUCCUGGCAUUUCAGAGAGUGGCUGCAGAGAUUCUGGGGGUAAAGCUCAAUAAAGCGGAGAUGGAGCAGUCCCAGUGUGUGGUGAAGGCAGAUAUCGUGAACUACAGUCAAGAGCCUGUAGCGAGGACAGUCAACCCCCCGCGCAGCUCCAUUUGUGUGGUGCAGUGAACCCCUCUCCCCCCACCUUCCCUAUUGCCCCUCCACAAGCUGAAUACAGCAGUGAGGGCCUCUGACCAGCAGGAUGCCCCAACACACCGGCCCAUAGCCAGAGCAGGAGAAUUGAGCUGGCCUGCUUCUUUCUGCUGAACACACACACACUGAUUCCUCCCUUUGCUCUCUCAACGCACAAGUCUUCAGAAAGGCUGUAUAUCAGUAUUUCCUUUUUUUAAAGGUUUUUAGGGUCAUCGGACCAAGUACGGCAUAUUUUAAGAUUUAUAUAUGAGAAUCUCUCUGUAUGUACAGUAUGUAAAUUUACAGCGACCCCACAGUAUAUUCCUGGUUUCAGUAUUUAAUAUAUUUUCUUGAAUUAUUUUUUGAGUAGUAACCAGCUUUGGCUACAGCAGGGACCUGUUGAAAGUUAUGCUGAAAGGAAAUGGGACCUCCAUUUUUUUUUUUUAGCAGUUUAAACACAUUUGUCAGUGUUUUAUUUUUUUUUGAGAAACUGUUACUAUUUUGACUAUCUUUUUUUCUACUAUCUUCAUUGUCAAUUAUUCUUUAAAGGACCAUCUGAUUGUAUAUAGAUAUGAAAAGUUGGUUUCUAUAACAGAAAAAUAUACAUAAACCACUGUUUUUCAAAAUGUAUUUUUAAUGAUAGAAUGUGUUUUCCCUCUGCUGUUGUAUACAGAUGCCAUAUCUUAAUUUGAUCAUCCUGUUGUUGCAGGAACUUUCCUGCAAACUUGUAGUGUUUUUGACAUUUUUGACACUUUCAGACUUACAUUUUCCGUUACGGCAAAGUAUCAACUCCUGCAAAAAAUGUCCAUUAAUUAUAAUCGCAUAACAAUUAACAAUUCCUGUUGCUGCAGGAUUAUUUUCCUGCUGUGUGAAACUGGCGCAAAUUAAGAUCCGAUAUCUGUAUGCUAAAUAUCAGGAUUAGUUUUAUCGCUCUAAGUGGUACUGUCCACACCUCCCACUACCCCCUCUCCCACAGCUCCCAGUGCUGAAACAGGAGUGGUGGGAUGAGCCUGGGUAGGUUGGUGGGGCAAGGAGCUAUUUGGGGGCAGAGAGUGGUGAAGAAAGAAGAGGCUGCUUCAUUUGUAUACAGAUGUACGAUUAAGCAAUCAGGCCCUAUGGGGUGUGGUAUAUGGCCAAUAUACCACGGCUAAGGUCUGUUCUUAUGCACAAUGCAUGCACAAUGCAACUCGGAGUGCCUGGCUACAGCCCUUAGCUGUGGUAUAUUGGCCAUAUACCACAAACCCAGAGGUGCCUUAUUGCUUUUAUAAACUGCUUACCAAAGUAAUUAGAACAGUAAAAACAAAUGUUUUAUCAUACCAGUGGUACAUGGUCUGAUACACCACAUCUUUCAGCCAAUCAGCUUUCAGAGCUCAAACCGCCCAGUUUAUAUUGUCUGUUAUACAACAUGUGAGUCUAAUCAUGAAUGCUGAUUGGUUAAAACCGCAUUCCAGCCGGUGUCUAUUCCACAAGUUACCACCGGCUAAAUCUAUGACAUUAACAUGCCUAUAUACUCUGUUCCAUCUGACUGCGCAAUCCACUUUCUCAUCAGCCUAGCCAAGCAAUUUAUAAACUUGAUCUCCACUAUUAAAAAACAUCUAGACAUCAUCUAAUUUCUUUUAGACUAGCAUUUCAUUUUCAACAGCAGAGAUUUGUAUACUGUAAACCUUGCUGCUAUCUGUCUCUCUGACAUUUGCAACAUUGUUUCAAUAUCAAAUUCAAUCUCCAGCUGUCCCAUAAUAGUGAAUGUGUCGGGAUGAGACAGGCAGGCAGUGUUUCUUAGUCAGUCACAGUCAUGAAUCAGCUGUCAUCCUUUUUAUGGAUAUGUACAAAUAAAUGGAAAUGGAAAAAAGUUCAAACAAAACAAAGUGCAGCUAGUUUGCAGUCUGUGUUGUUGGCUAGCUCCUCUGAACAACAGUGUCCUGACGAGUGACCACGUUUUCUAUGCCAGGCGAAAUCGCACCUCAUUUGCUCACUGUUAUGGAUGUAUCCAAAUAAAUGUCACUAGAAAACUGCUUAUGCAAUUGCAGCUACUUUACUGUUAUUCUGACUGUAAGUUAGUCAUAGUUGGCUAGCUAGCAAGCAAGGGAUAAGAACGUUACCAGGCAGUAUAGCAAUGGAACAUUUAGGAACGAACGACUGGGUCGUGCCAAUAGAUACAGAACAAAAACACUGAACGACUGGGCAACUGAACCAAUAGAACGAACAACCAGCCGGCUUGGGUAGUAACCCUAGAUUUAUGUCGGGACUAUAUCUUGUGGAAGGAUUAAAUAGUAUGAAUACAUUUAUGAAAAUAACGUUUUUAAUGAAAAUAUGUAAAUCGUUAUUUGAACAUGUUGGUAACCCGUUGUAUAGACGCGAUAAUAACCUCGAAGCCGGUGUUUGGAGGAUAUAUUGACUUUGUCUCGGGCCUAGCAACACCCGUGUCAAUAUAUCCUCCAAACACCGGCUUCUCGGGCAUCAUUACUUAAAUAUACCACGGCUUUCAGCCAAUCAGCAUCCAGGAGCCGAACUACCCGGUUUAUAAUCUUGAUUUGAUCACUCUUUUGUUGAUGAGAAUUUUUCUGCGCCGCAGGAAAUGCAGAUGAGCUUUGUGAUUUACAUAAAUUCACUGAAAACCCACACCAACACACAGUUAUAUUAGCAGUGUUGCAUUUUUUAUGUAGCCUCAUUUUGCCCAACCACCGAUCAAGCAACAUUAUGGACUAAACUUUCAAAUCCUGUUGCUGCAGGAUUAUUUUGCUACGACAAUACUGUUCAAAGUAAGAUCCAACAUCUGUGAAAACAAUGUGCUGAAUGUAAAAUGAACCGCUGGCUUUAUUUAGAGUGUGCUCAAGGAAUAUGUCACUAUAAAAUAUAGCUUCUGCAUUCUUAGUGCUCCACACAGUGCCCUUCUAAAAGGAAAGGUUUAGAUGUUUAGGCACUGUAGUCAAUGGAAACUAGUUUUAUUUCACUUGCCAAUUAGCAGCUUGCUUGAACAACUGUGAUUUCCCAUUACUUUCAAGACGUAAUAAUAACAUUAAUAACAGAUGUUAGUUAGAAAAAAUAAACUCUACAUUUGUGAAAUUGACCAAUUACCCAAAAAGUAUCUAUUUUCCUGAUUUAUAUUUUUGUGUUGAUAACAUAUUUUAAUUGAAGCAUCAUUCAGUUUCAUGUGAUGCAUAUCAAGACUGUAUUUUUGUGGAAAACCUAUGUAGUCCUAGUUGAAAUAUAUUUGGCAUAGAACAAUUCUGUUGCUAUUUUUAACCUUGACAAUGGAUAAAAAUUGAAAUAUGAACUGGAGCAGCUUAAAGGUAUGAUAAUUCAUCUUAGCUAUAUGUUUAUAGCCUUAUUCAACUGUCUGUUGUAGAACAGAAAAGACUGUCAGGAAGAACUGCUUUGACACGUGAAAUGUCUUCAUAGGAUCUUCAUCAUGUCCAAACAAGCUGAAUAACAGCCAACUUACACUCUUAUAGAAAAAUGUUAUAUCUAUAACCUAAAAGGGUUCUUUGUCUGUUCCCAUGGGAGAACCGUUUCAAUAAAUAUGUUGGGUUCCAUGUAGAACCCUUUCCACGGUUCCCCCAUGGAGACAGCCAAACCAUUUUUUGGAACCCUUUUUUCUAAGAGUGUAUACAUACAUAAAUUAUAGGCAUGUGUUUGUACUCGUCCCUGCUUUGUCUUGUAGUUUGUAUUUGUCAAAAUGUUUUCUUCGACCGCUAUGUUGUACUUGCACACAGAGGAUGUCAACAUUGUAUUUGUAGUACAACAGAAAAUACAUGACAGGACAUGGUUGGAUUUUACUCUGUAAACCAUGGUGUUCGCCUUGUGUAAAUUAUAUAUUUGUAAAUCAUCUGCAUUGUUUUGUGGAAGAUCUUAUUUAUAAAAUGCUGCUCACAUUUCAGUGAGAUGUCAAUAACUCCUCUUGUUGGAUGUAAUUGCCUCUGUCAUAAACACAAUCUAAAAGUUAAGUAUGAAAAAUAAUGGUAUAUCCUCUGUAGACUUAGAAAAAUGUUGUUUUAAUGAACAUUCAAAAGUGGUACAGACAUAGUGUUUGUAUAUAAACAAAAGUGCAAUAGUUUAUAUAUUAUUACUGAUGCAUAUAGUUUCCUAGGUGGAUUUCAGGAAAUAAUUAUGUUAGUUUGUGAGGUUAGUGUGAGUGUAUGCUUCAUUACCUGUGUGUGUGUGCGCGUGUGUGCACAUGCGCUGUCAUGCCGGCGCACACACUUGUAAUUGAUUGACAUGACUGAUGAUGACUGAUCACAAUGUGAUUUUCCAACAUAUUGCUGUACAUUGGUCUGGACACACAAUGUUCUUAAUUUGUGCAUAUGUAUCCUGUAAAACACCAUUAUCUAAAACAGAUUUUAAAUUGGGUGGUUCAAGCCCUGAAUGCUGAUUGACUGAAAGCCCUGGUAUUUUUACUCUUCGAAUUAUUAUUUUUACUUUUCUAAUUAUAAAUUGGGAUUUAUUAAGAACAUCAGGUUCAGCACUACAGAAUAGAGUCCAUUAAUUAAUUAAGCAAUAAGGCAUGAGGGAGUGUGGUAUAUGGCCAAUAUGCCAUGACUAAGGGGUGUAUCCAGGCAUUCUGCGUUGUGCAUUUGAACAGCCCUUAGCUGUGGUAUAUUGGCCAUAUACCACACUCCCUCAGGCCUUAUUGCUUAAUUAAUUAAUGGACUCUAUUCUGUUUAGCUGAUCCUGAUGUUCUUAAUAAAUCCCAAUUUAUAGUAAGAUGAGAGGGAACAUUGGCUGUUCCCAUUCCAAAGGUAUACAAUGAGCAACUGAUAAAGUGAAGUUACAGAGUAAUACCCCUCAGCAUGAAAUAAUGGGACUGUCAUCUAUGGAUAUGCACAGUAUAAUGAUGUGUAGUGGCCCAAGGCCACAGUGCCAUUUUUCACCCCAGGUGGGACAAUGCAAACCAAUAGAAUGGGGCCCCAUGGGACCUGAGGAGCUUGGUGAGAUGGAAGGUCAGGUAACCUAGCUAUAGCAGAUUAAGGAUCCAUGAGAAAUUUAAGCAUAGGAGGCAACCCCCCCCCAUACAGACUGAGUUAAGACUCCAAAAGCUAAUGAGGCACCUGGCUUUUGUUCCUUAAAUCUGCACUGAAACGGGUCCUACAGAUGUUCCAAAUGCCAGCCGUUGUAUUAAUUAAUCACUUAAAUAGUUAGCCCUUUUGUCCUCUUCACAAAAUUGUAAGAAGGUUUUGGUUUCAGGUGUAACUGUUUUGCUGAGUCAAGGUCAUGAAAACCUUUCUGUAGGCCUAUUUAGACAAAGAUUUAAAGGUGAUGGAAACCAUAGAGAAGAACAAAACAAAGAUAGGCGUCCUUUAAUAAACAAAUAUAAAGGAGGAAACUGCCUUUUUUAGUUUACCUGUUGCAUUUUUUUGUGUUGCUAAACAAAACAUUUACCUCAUGAAGAAACGCGAGCCUUUGCAACACAGACACAGCUGGAGUCAUUCCAGCACACGUGCAUUGUUUUGCUUGAGUGGGCGUCUUUAGGAUUGUCUCUACUGAAUUUUUGUCAAGAGCUGUCACCAACACUGACAGGCGAGACUCACCCUUGGCUUUUCCACUGUUUAGACAGGUGUUUUAGAAAAGAAAACAACUGCAGAUAGUUUCCAGUUUAAAUACUCAACAACAGUGAAGUUCCACGAAAAAGACGGGAAAAAAGAAUAAUACCGGGGACAUUAAUGCGAGGAAAAGGGCAAGGUUUUGACAGAUUGAUUGGCAAGCGGGUUUGAGUAUUUUGCCUUCCUGUUUCUCAGCUGAGAGUUUAUUAAUUAUGAGUGAUUGUAUGCUUAAAAUGGGGAAUGUUCUUUUCAAAUGGAAAGUUUGCUACCAAAGGAAAGUAGCCUAUUGCGUGAAUUUAAGAGCGAGUGAAUGGACAUUUGUAAAAAUAAAUAUGGGAUGCUGUUCA